GGUUGUAGAUGUUCUUGUGUACGUGCUGUACAGUGCAACAAUGUUGCUGAAGCCAUUCUGGAAACAAGUUACAUUUAACGUUUUCAAGACUGAAUGAAACACUUGUGGCUGGAAUGUAUGAGGUGAUAGUUACUGGAUCCAAGAGAAAUAUAGUUUCAUCGGUGCAUCCUGUCCGUAAAUGACAUCCACAAAUGUAGUUGUUUUCCGCCUGGUUGCAAACCAAUCAACGUUCUGACUGCUCACAUUUCACCAGGAUUUUUUUUACAAUGAGGUUAUCCACGAGUCUUUUUAAGAACACAUCGCCAAAAAUUGAAUACUACUCAAGGUUUUCUCCGUCCCCCCUCUCCAUCAAACAGUUUCUGGAAUUUGGUCGGGACAAUGCGUGUGAGAAGACGUCCUACAUGUUCCUCCGUAAGGAGCUGCCGGUGCGGCUGGCCAACACCAUGCGCGAGGUCAACCUGCUGCCAGAAAAACUACUCAGCCAGCCCUCAGUCAAACUGGUGCAGAAGUGGUACAUGCAGAGCUUCCUGGAACUGCUG